GGGGCGGGGUCAUGUCGGUGUAGUCCACUUCCUGCUUCUCUGCCCUGGUUUCGCCUGAACAGCUGCAUCAGCUCUUUAUCCGACGAAGAGACACCAUGUCACAUCAAACGGGCAUUCAAGCGGGUAACGAUGUGAAGGACGUCUUCGCCAGCGCCAGGAGCGGCGACCAAUAUCGACUCUUAAAGGUCGUCAUCGACGGUGAGCAGCUGACGAUGGACACUACCAGGAAAGCAGCAAAGAAGUGGGACCAGGAGUACGAUUCCUUAGUGCUGCCCCUCCUCGAGGACGACGUGCCCUGCUACGUUCUGUACCGGCUGGACUCCACCAACAACCAGGGCUAUGAGUGGGUCUUCCUGGCCUGGUCACCGGACGUCUCCAUUGUGCGACAUAAAAUGUUAUAUGCUGCUACCAGAGCCACGCUGAAGAAGGAGUUUGGAGGAGGGCACAUCAAGGAUGAGAUGUUCGGUACCUCAAAGGAUGAAAUGACUCUGCUGGGAUACAGGAAAUAUCUGACCUUGCAGGCUGCUCCCCUGCCCCUCACUGCUGCGGAGGAGGAACUGAGAAAGAUUAAGCUAAAUGAGGUGCAUACGGACAUCAGUGUGGACACCAAGCAGCAGACUCUGCAGGGAGUGGCCUUCCCUGUUCACAAAGACGCAAUUGCAGCGCUCGAACGUUUUAGGGACAAAAGAGUCAAUUACGUACAACUGGAAGUAGACGCUGAACAGGAGCUGAUUCGGUUGUGCAACACUGAGCCAACAGAGUUGAAAGACCUGCCACUGAGAAUCCCUAAAGAAUCGCCACGUUACCACUUCUUCCUCUACAAACAUUCCCACGAAGGCGACUACUUGCAGUCCACAGUAUUCAUUUAUUCUAUGCCCGGGUACAACUGCAGCAUCCGAGAGAGGAUGCUGUAUUCCAGCUGCAAAAAUCCCUUGGUCGACAUGGUGGAGAACAAUCUCCAGAUUGAGAUUGAGAAAAAGUUGGAGAUUGACGAUGGGGAUGAAUUGACCGGUGAUUUCCUGUACGAGGAGGUGCAUCCCAAGCAGCAUGCACACAAGCAGGCCUUCGCCAAGCCCAAAGGCCCCGGGAAGAGGGGGGUCCGCCGCAUCACCCGACCCCCCGCGGAGGAGGAAGAUUAAACAGACCUCAGCACCCGACCGCCAACUCCACCCCUAGCACGUUCCACAGUGGAGCAUUCCUGCGAUUGGGGGGAAAUAAUAUUUGACACGCUUAAAUAAGACAACAACUUCAAAUUCCCCACAAAGUUCCCCAGAGACCCAACUAUGCACGCCAAGGACAACUGAGCAAUGACACACUUCAGAAAUUCCAUUUGUAGCUUGCCAAAUGGAAGCAUAUUUAUGUAUGUUAGCACAGUCACAAUUACUUCACAACGAUUCAAAGAGUCCCAAACAAAGUCACGCUUGAGGUUUUUACGUUGUUGCCAGCUCUGAGACUUUAAAAAGUGUUAGUGUGACUAAUGUGAACUUGCUCCAUUAUGAUAAAAUCCCCCAGUUUGAGUUCACAUGCUCAAAUUCUUAACUUGCAUUCCUUAAGCCUGUGUCAAUUAAUGUUUCCGUGUCUAAUGUGUUGCACAUUUGUCUCCUACGUGGUGCUCCAAAGCAGAAAAGAUAGAAUUAUCCCACUUGCGUCUAUUGAUUUAUGUUAACAGUGCAUUUUAUAUUGGAAAAUUGACUUCUUUUUUGAUAUAACUGUGGUUUACAUUGAAAAAUCAUCUGCUGAGAAACUUAUUUUUCUAUGCAAGUGCUGUAAAUGUACAUACUGUAGCUGUGUGAUGCUCUAUGAUUAAGAAACCGUCAGGUCUGUUCUGGUGAUUGUGUGUGUGUGUGUGUGAGGAUCACAGUGGAGAGAACGGGCUUCCAGACAUAUUACAUCAAUACUUCUCAGUUUUCACUAACAGGAAGUACUCACACUUCGCUGGUUCCCAUUCAAGAGGGCACCAAGCAAGCGGAUAGGGAAGGGACUACUAUAAGUACCUUGAUCAAAAUGUUGCCACAUCCACUGGUCUACUGAUUAAUAUUAGGCAAACUACUACACUCACCUCAUAUUUGAAGGGAAUAUUCAUAUUGUCAUUCUAAUAGAAAAAAAGUCAUGUUUGGUCUUAUUUGUUUUCUUACAAAUCUUUCUUUUAAAAGAAGAAAAAUAAAAUAUUUAAAUCACACGAUGUGCUUCAUUCAUUUUAUUCUUUGACAAUAAAUACAGUUCCUUUCCUCACAUACUAGCCUCACAACAUGCUGUAGAAAAAGUGACACCAAGUUGUAUUCCUCUUAAACAUAAGAAAUAGGAUUUAAAAAAAUAUUUUUGUAAGUCACAGAGAAAAAGUAAUUAAUUCCUCUAAAACUUCAGAAGAAAAUGAAUUUGUCAGUGUGUGCACCGUGACUAAAGCAGGCUCAGAUCUUCUGUGGGAUGCUCUGCUUCACUCCUGGGCCUUCGAAUCCAGAGAAAUGCUUUUGACAACUCCUUUAAGCUCCAGCAGGACCUGUUGAGACACAUAUGAAUAUGAAUUACAAACAGACUGCCUACAAAAAAGAAACAGUGACUAAAACCUUACAUCAGAUACAGAA